AUGAACAACCCGGUGAUUCCCGCUGCUGCUUUUCGCGCCGGCUCGAAACUUCAAUUCAACCUCUUCCGUUUGGAGUCCCUCGCUCAUCUGCAACUGGCUUUGCUCGUCUUCCCUUUUUUCUCGCGCUUCUCUCGAAUAACCCAUCUACAGACACAAUGGCCGGUGCUGGGCCUGAUCCGCAGAAACGCGGUAUACCUGACCACCAUCUUCGCCAGCGCCUUCGCUUUCGAGAUGGCCUUUGACACCACUUCCAACAAGAUCUGGGAUUCCAUGAACCGUGGUCGGCAAUGGAAGGACAUCAAGCACCUUUAUAUGAACAAGGAGGAGGAAGAUGAAGACUAG